UGCCGGCUCCGCCGCUUGCGGAAGGCUCGACAUGACGUGCGAGGUGUGAGGAGCAGCCGUGGUUCCUCUCCUCGGUGUCCCAGGUACUUUAUAUGCAUGGUAUAGAAAAAAUGAAUUCCACCAUGAGUGAGGAGCCUGAUGCACUGUCCGUAGUUAACCAACUGCGAGAUCUAGCAGCUGACCCAUUGAAUAGACGGGCCAUUGUUCAGGAUCAAGGUUGUCUACCAGGUCUUAUUCUGUUUUUGGACCAUCCUAACCCUCCAGUUGUUCAUUCGGCUUUACUAGCUCUCCGCUAUUUGGCAGAGUGUCGUGCCAACAGAGAAAAGAUGAAAAGUGAAUUGGGUAUGAUGCUCAGCUUACAGAAUGUAAUACAAAAGACUACCACACCAGGAGAGACUAAACUUUUAGCUUCUGAAGUGUAUGAUAUUCUUCAGUCUUCCCACAUGUCAGACAUGGACAAUAUGAAUGAGAUGAACUAUCGUCGACGGAAAGCUCAGUUUUUCUUGGGCAGCACAAAUAAACGUGCCAAGACAGUGGUUUUACAUAUAGAUGGCCUUGAUGAUUCGUCUCGAAGGAAUCUUUGUGAAGAGGCCUUGUUGAAAAUUAAAGGUGUUAUUAGUUUUACUUUUCAAAUGGCUGUUCAAAGAUGUGUGGUCCGAAUUCGCUCAGACUUAAAAGCAGAGGCUUUGGCGACAGCAAUAGCAUCGACCAAAGUUAUGAAGGCGCAGCAAGUUGUGAAGAGUGAAAGUGGAGAGGAGAUGCUGGUUCCGUUCCAAGAUACUCCAGUAGAAGUAGAGCAGAAUACAGAUCUACCUGAGUAUUUACCAGAAGAUGAAAGCCCUACCAAGGAACAGGAUAAAGCUGUGUCUCGUGUUGGGUCACACCCAGAAGGUGCAGCAAGCUGGCUCAGCACAGCAGCAAACUUUUUAUCCAGAUCUUUCUACUGGUGACUUGUAUUUCGUGUUAAAAGACUGUGUGAACCAACAGGGGGGCCAGUUUUCCAUUGGUGUGGUGAACUGCCAAGUGCAAUUUGCAAUAAAUUACCACAAAAAUUUUAGGUUACGCAAACGUAUGCUGCAUUUUACAUUUUAUUGGACGUUUAGCCUGAUAGGGCAGGGGUCAAAGAACAGAGGCCUCCAAUCAAGUUGUCCUUUCAUCUGUUUUUCAUGUAGAUUUUAUUGCUUCCCUUUUUAAAAAUGGGUCCACUGUUAUAUGCCAAACAUCUAUAUGUACAGAGCUUUAAGUUUGACUUCACAUGAAACACGUGGUAGGGAAAAUACAUUUAACUCAAGUCUCAGGGCCUCUGUGAAAGAAAAUUCUUAAUAGCUCUAGUUGUGCAUUAUGAAAAUGCCUUUUUUUAUUUCUGCAUCACUUUGGACUAACGCCACUUUGUUUAACUUUCUAGACAUUGACUCCAGAGAAAAAAUAUAUUCUGCCUCUUUUUUGUCUGUAUUUUGGCCAACCAUGUUUACAGAUUGAGCAUGACAUGUUCCCUUUUUGCUAUUAAAAUAGGAUCACUACAGACUUGAAAUUUAUAACCCUUUUAUGCAUAAUGAAAUUUUCUCCAGCCUGCCCUUAACCACUGGAGUGUUAAGAAACAAAGGGUUGAACAAACAGAAAUAUAUAUGCAUAUGUUGUACAGUAAAUAAGCUAGAACAUAUUUGUAAUGAUGGGUGUGAGUGACUCGUGUAUAUAAGUAAAAAAUACCACUGACUGCUACUUAGGCUAGUGAAGAAGACUGCAGCAAAAAAGCUGUGGUAUGACAUAGUGAUGGCCCAUUGCAGCUCUGUCUUUAGAGACUGGGGGGAUGUAGGCCUUAUUGAGUUAAGAAAUGGUGUUUACUGUUAGCAAAUGGUAACUAAAACUUUAUAAACUUGAAGAAUAAAGCAGAACUGAAUGCCUCUUGCCACAGUGCCGCUGUCAUAAGUUUUGACUUCAACCCUUUUUAUUUUUUUACAUAACAGAAAUCUGAUAUGUAGUUACUGUUCCUUCCUUGUCUGUCAUGAGACUCCCAUGAAAGUACAUCAGCUUAAAUAAGCUUAAAAACAUACGCAAACAAUUGGCUUUAUCUUGUUACUUACAGAUAAUGUAGGUUUAAAGAUGUCUGGGUCACUUUUGUGACAAAAAACAAUGAAAAAAUGGUAAAAGCAAAAUUUCUGUAGGAAGAAGAUAAUAGAUAUCUGAGAUGUUAAUAAGGGCAGUGUGCCUGAGAGGAUCCUAUCUACAGUGCUUGAAAACUACAGUGGCACUGCUUUGUUGCACCACAGGAACACAACUGAGAAUUUUAAUAAUAUUGUAAACCUCGUUAUACAAUGUUUUUUUUUUUGUGGUAGUGUAUUUACUAUAAUACUAACUAUAUUUACCACUUGGAGACUGAGACAGAAGUUUAAUACAUCAAAGUUAUUCCCCCGAGCCUAUGCAGAAGGAAUUAAAAAAACAUUCACAGACUGUCCUAAUAUUACGGAAAUGCAGAAGAGAUGAUGAUGGAAAAUAAAAAUGCAGGUCAGAGUUCACCCAGUCAACUUAAUUGCCAUUCUAGGACAAAAAAGAAACAAAGCUUGUUGUCAGACUAGGUGUCCCAUUUUUUAAUAUAUAUAUAGUUUAUUUUUGAUUCAAGUUUAAACGCACAGAUUGAAAAUACAGGCUUUUCAGGGCAUGUAUUGCUUUGAAUAUGUAAUACUACUCAUUGCUGUCUAGAAUGUUACCGUUACCAAAUGUGUUUGAAAAGUCCUCUGUUCUAUAACCAUGAAUGCAGAGUUUAUUUUUCUGCAUUAACAUCUGUUUGCAUUUGCAUUACUAAAAGACUACACCCUCUGGAUAUUAAUGGUUCAAUACCAGUAGGUAUGACUGUUUGUGCAUUCGGUCUGUAGGUGUGCUUUUUUGACAGUAUUGCAGCUCUUGUAGAACAGUUCAAGGCAUCUGUAAAAGUUUUUGAAAUAUAUUGUAAAAUAAUAAAGGAUAAUAUUACUAAA